CUAAACCUGUUGUGAGUUAUCUAUCGCUAGGAGUACUGUCAGGCUGUGUACAUUGCGUGGUGCAUAUUCGGACGUUCACAAACAAAGUACAAAUUGCAACCAUGGCCCAGCUACCCGUUUACAACCCGCCUUCCCCAUUCCUUGGUCAACUUCCUUCUGGAUUGGGGCUGUAUAGAAAGAUCACGAUCCGUGGACGAAUGACUCACGAUAUGUUCAACAUAAACCUUCAGGUUGGACCCAACGUAGACCCGAGGGACAAUUCAGCGCUGCACAUUAGCAUUCGGCCACGGGAAGGACUGAUCGUGCGGAACACAUACCAGUUUCAAAGCUGGGGCGUUGAGGAGCGCUUUGGUGGAUGUCCGGUACAGAAACGGUCGUACUUCGAUGUUAGCAUUACGGUGAAACCUGACAGCUACGGUAUUGCGGUGAAUGGAUGCCAUUUCUGUGACUUUAAUCAUAGGAUGCCGUAUGCAUCGGUACGGUUCAUACAUACCGGUCCAGGCGCACAGAUAGAUGCUAUCAUAACGGAAUAGGAAGGACACUGGUGUAUUUCUACUUUAAGUGCGGCAAAGAAUUUAAACUGUUAAAGCUAUAUUGCCAAACAACGAUUUGCAUAUGUUUAUGAUAAGAACAAGUGAUUAAUACUGUCUAGUAUUGACGAGCUAGAUAGUCUGGUAGCUAGAAUCACAGCUAUGGUGAUGUAGUUCAGCUUGGAUCACAAAGUUUUCUGCAUACUCCUUUUUUCAUUUUAUUAAUUAUUAUUACCUCCAACGUCCGUCAAACAACCCAACUAUCGAGUGUAAAUUUACCGUGCUGUUAUAUGAAAUAAAAUCAUUUAUUAUCAAACUGAA